CCGGGGCGGCGGGGAAGGAACGAGAGGCGGGAGGCGCAGUGGCUGAGGCGCCUACGAGCUGGUGGCCUGAACGAGGUAGACCAUGACUGUGGCUUUAGUGGCGUCACUCGCAGGGCCGCUCUUCAUGAGGUUCUCCUAAGCCAUCCCCUGGCGGAACCGCUUCCAGUGAGAGCCGCGCAGCCGUGAUCCUCGUUUGGGGGCGAGCGAAGAAUUGACAAGAGGUCUCGGCAUCCUCUGACCCCGCCCGCCUUACCUGUAGCACCAUUCCCUUCGCGGAUGGUGGGACUUGAUGGUUGUGGAGCUACUAUAACCUCUCAUCUAGAGAGGAGAGUUUUUGUCCAGAAGUGCUUAUAGAAAAGAUGGCUGAUAUUAACCUAAAAGAAAUAACCUUAAUAGUAGGUGUGAUUACUGCCUGCUAUUGGAACAGCCUCUUUUGCGGUUUUGUUUUUGAUGAUGUUUCAGCAAUACUGGAUAACAAAGACUUGCAUCCAUCUACACCUUUAAAAACUUUAUUUCAAAAUGACUUCUGGGGAACCCCUAUGUCUGAGUUCUACCGGCUGUACAAGAAGCAUAGCAGCAUCUGCCUCUGGGGAGGCCUCAAGAAGCUUCCAGUCGUGACGGAAGGGGAAGCGGGAGCAGGCACUUCACAUAGCAAAAGCAGGAACAAGAGGAGCAAGGAGAGAAGCCACAAGUCUUACCGUCCCUUAACAGUAUUGACAUUUCGCUUAAAUUAUUUGUUAAGUGAACUAAAACCAAUGUCAUAUCAUCUCCUGAAUAUGAUUUUUCAUGCUGUGGUUAGUGUGAUAUUUCUCAAAGUAUGCAGACUUUUUCUGGACAACAAGAGUAGUGUGAUUGCUUCUUUACUUUUUGCAGUGCACCCAAUACACACAGAAGCAGUAACGGGAGUUGUUGGAAGAGCAGAACUUUUGUCAUCUAUCUUUUUUCUAGCAGCUUUUUUAUCAUAUACCAGAUCAAAAGGACCAGACAAUUCCAUAGUGUGGACUCCAAUUGCAUUGACAGUGUUUUUAGUGGCUGUUGCAACAUUAUGUAAAGAACAAGGAAUAACAGUUGUAGGAAUUUGCUGUGUGUAUGAAGUGUUUAUUGCCCAGGGGUAUACUUUGCCAUUAUUAUGUACUACUGCUGGACAGUUUCUCCGUGGAAAGGGUAGCAUUCCAUUUUCUAUGCUACAGACAUUAGUAAAACUCAUUGUCUUGAUGUUCAGUACGUUAUUACUUGUUGUAAUUAGAGUCCAGGUUAUUCAAUCCCAACUUCCAGUAUUCACCAGGUUUGAUAACCCAGCUGCUGUAAGCCCAACUCCUACAAGGCAACUGACUUUUAACUACCUCCUUCCUGUGAAUGCUUGGCUUUUAUUAAAUCCUUCGGAGCUCUGCUGUGAUUGGACCAUGGGAACAAUACCACUUAUAGAGUCGUUACUAGAUAUUCGAAAUCUGGCCACAUUUACUUUCUUUUGUUUUCUGGGGACUUUGGGAGUAUUCAGUCUCAGAUACUCUGGUGAUUCCUCCAAGACUGUUUUAAUGGCGCUUUGUUUAAUGGCAUUACCGUUUAUUCCUGCAUCGAACCUUUUUUUUCCAGUUGGAUUUGUUGUUGCCGAGCGAGUAUUAUAUGUUCCCAGCAUGGGAUUCUGUAUUUUGGUAGCCCAUGGAUGGCAGAAAAUAUCAACAAAAAGUGGAUCUAUCAAAAUGAAAGAAAUUAAACCAUGUUAUAGGAACAAAAACACAGACUCAGAGACUAUUAACACUAAACAAGAUCAUAAAGAUUAUAGUGUGUUUAAAAAGCUAUCCUGGAUUUGCCUGUCUAUGGUGAUACUCACUCAUUCCUUGAAAACAUUCCACAGAAAUUGGGAUUGGGAAUCUGAAUAUACUUUGUUUAUGUCAGCCUUGAAGGUAAAUAAAAAUAACGCCAAACUAUGGAAUAAUGUGGGUCAUGCUCUGGAAAAUGAAAAGAACUUUGAGAGAGCUUUGAAAUACUUCCUACAGGCUACCCAUGUUCAACCAGAUGAUAUUGGUGCCCAUAUGAAUGUAGGAAGAACUUAUAAAAAUUUAAAUAGAACCAAAGAAGCUGAAGAAUCUUACAUGAUGGCUAAAUCACUGAUGCCUCAAAUUAUUCCUGGUAAAAAAUAUGCAGCCAGAAUUGCCCCUAACCACCUAAAUGUUUAUAUCAAUCUGGCUAACCUGAUCCGAGCAAACGAGUCCCGACUGGAAGAAGCAGAUCAGCUGUACCGUCAAGCAAUAAGCAUGAGGCCCGACUUCAAGCAGGCUUACAUUAGCAGAGGAGAAUUGCUUUUAAAAAUGAAUAAACCUCUUAAAGCAAAGGAAGCAUAUCUUAAAGCACUAGAGCUGGACAGAAAUAAUGCAGAUCUUUGGUACAACUUGGCAAUUGUAUAUAUUGAACUUAAAGAACCAAAUGAAGCCCUAAAAAACUUUAAUCGUGCUCUGGAACUAAAUCCAAAGCAUAAACUAGCAUUAUUCAACUCUGCUAUACUAAUGCAAGAAUCAGGUGAGGUUAAACUCAGACCUGAAGCUAGAAAACGACUUCUAAGCUAUAUAAAUGAAGAGCCACUAGAUGCUAAUGGCUAUUUCAAUUUGGGAAUGCUUGCCAUGGAUGACAAAAAGGACAAUGAAGCCGAAAUUUGGAUGAAGAAAGCCAUAAAGUUACAAGCUGACUUCCGAAGUGCUUUGUUUAAUCUGGCUCUCCUGUAUUCCCAGACUUCAAAGGAAUUAAAGGCUUUGCCAAUUUUGGAAGAGUUACUCAGAUACUACCCUGAUCAUAUCAAGGGCCUCAUUUUAAAAGGAGACAUUCUGAUGAAUCAAAAGAAGGAUAUACUAGGAGCAAAAAAAUGUUUUGAAAGGAUUUUGGAGAUGGAUCCAAGCAAUGUGCAAGGAAAACACAAUCUUUGUGUUGUUUAUUUUGAAGAAAAAGACUUAUUAAAAGCUGAAAGAUGCCUUCUUGAAACAUUGGCAUUAGCACCACAUGAAGAAUAUAUUCAGCGCCAUUUGAAUAUAGUCAGGGAUAAGAUUUCCUCAUCUAGUUUUAUAGAGCCAAUAUUCCCAACCAGUAAGAUUUCAAGUGUAGAAGGAGAGAAAAUUCCAACUGAAAGUGUAAAGAAGAGUAGAGGUGAAUCGAGAGAAACACAAAUAGUAAAAACAAGUGAUAAUAAAAGUCAGUCUAAAUCCAACAAACAAUUAGGAAAAGAUAGAGACGAAGAGACCCCCCACAAAACAACAAAAGAUAUCAAAGAAAUUGAGAAGAAAAGAGUUGCUGCUUUAAAAAGACUGGAAGAGAUUGAGCGUAUUUUAAAUGGUGAAUAGCAUUAAUGUUUAUCGUGACAAUGGUAUCAAAGAACAUCAGUCCAUAUCAUGUGAUUGCUUUUACUGGGAGCUUUGAAAAAAAGUUCAAGGGUUCCUAAUAGCCAAUCAUGAGCUGCCUUGAAGUAGGAUCAAAAUAAGAUUUUCGUUAAAGACCUGUAUUAUCCCAGGAUGUAUAUUAUAUAUCGCUGUUUUCAGAGUUUGGGUGAAUAUAGCAGAAAUAUUACAGUGAAAGUGACAAAUUUACAACUUUUAUUAUAGAAAGAAGGUGUUUCUGGCAGUGUAAUCUUUACUGCUCUCAAUUAAAAAUAAAUUUGAGGCCUGAAUGAUAAUCCCUUGAGGACAAAUCCAACAUAUGCUGGUUUAUUCUGUUAAUUCCCAUUUAUUCACCUACUUCAUUUUUCUUGCACCUCUUAGAAUAUAUGAAUUGAAAACACUUAUUGAACACUUUUUUUUAAGUAAUUCUGUUUAAUCAAGGGGUUUGCACUACAAAAGAAUACUGGCUUUUUUUUAUGUUGAAUUCCUUAGUUGAAUUUUAGAAGGAAUGCUGGAUGAAACAUUUUAAAAUAAGUCAUGACAUGUUAGCUUGAGAAUGUAUUUUCAUAACUGUAUACUUGUUUUUAACUUUAAAUGCAGUUUUUAAUCAGGUAAAGUUUGACAUAUAUAGCUACGUACACACAUUUUUAAUGGUGCUCAUAUAUACUGUAUUUUUUGUUGUUUGAUUUUACUUAUUGAGAGUGUCACAACAUGACUCGCAUAAUCAUGAUUUUUUUUUACUUUUACUCCCCAAACUAUUCAUGUUUCUUUAGGUCGUAGUCAUUGAGAAGUCCCAAUAACUCUAAACUUUGGAGGUAUAACAUAGUAAACUUCUCUUUCAUCUUUGUGUUAGCUUUCUAGUCUUAACUUGAAUUUUAAUUUUUCUGUUUCCAAAGUCACAAUUUAAUUAUUCUUACAUACCUUAAGCCACUGAAUUCAGUUCUGUUUGACUGAAAGCAAAACAAUGUGACAGUUUAUUUUCAGACACUAACUUCUUGAUAUUUUGUUAUGGUAUAUCUUUUUAUUACAUGUUUAUUUUGACUACUGAGCUUUCAUAAAAUAUUUGAAGCUAUUUUAAUCAUCAAGUAUGGGAAACAAAUUGCUAUUGCAUUUUCCUAUAUAUGCAUAUAUUAUGGUUUAACCAGAGUUGUAUCAUUUUUGGCCUGUUGUCUAGCUAUAAAAGAUAAUUAGCCUACUAUAGUAUUAAUAAACUUUUCAGUUGGUUUGGGCAAAUUUAAACCUGAAAAAUAGGUUAAAAAGUAGUUACAAAUUAAACUUACUAAUUUAAACCUGUUUUUUUUUUUCUUGAAUUAAAAUACAUAUUAAAUGAGCUUUAUAAUACCUUAAAAAGUUGAUUCUAAUUUAAAAUAUGAAAGCUCUGGCUGUCAUCCUGGGAUAGUAAUUUAUAAUUAAGUAGUAUUUCAAAAACUAUAUAAUUUUUAAUUCCUUUGAGAUAACUAAUUUCUAAUUAUAUAUGUUUCAAAAACCAUAUUCCUGUAAUUUUUUUAAGAAUUGUUUUAUAAAUAGGCCAUAAGAUGCAAGGUCUGCAUUAAAAGACCCACUUUUACUAGGUUCCCUAAGGAUCUACCAUAGAUCCCUUUUUUUUUUUUUUUUUCCCCCAGGUAGUUUAAAGCAAGCACUGAUACCAGUGGGAGUUGGUCUUGAUCUAGGAGAUUCUGUUAAGCAUCCAAACAAUGCCUAAUUUCAGUUCUUAGGUUAUGGAUGUGACUCUAGAUAAAAGAUGUGGAGAAUACCUCAUGUACUAUGACUUGAAAAUGAAAUCUUAAAAUUCUUAUGCUCUCUCCAUAUAUCUUAAGGAAAAGUUUCUGAGUGUGAUUUCUUUUGCCAUAGUAUCAAGUGGAGGGUGGUUCAGAAAAGUAAAAGGAAAUCUUUUGUGACAGCAGACUAUAAUAGAAGUUUGAGUAAUAUUUUAAUAAAUUUAUAUAAUUAUUCAAAUGAUAAAAUGUAUUAAUGUUAUCCAGUGAUUUAUAUUAAAAAAUUACCUUAUUAACACUUAGAACUGUGCCUAUUACAUAAAAAGUGCUCAUGUAUUUGAAUUUUAAAUUAUUUACUUAAAUCAAGACCACCAUAAGUAAUUCAUAAUUUAAUAAUUGUUUUAAAUCAGUGGUUUUCAACCCUCACUUCAUAUUAGAAUCAUCUGAGGACUUUUCAUACAGAAUUCAUCUCAUAACAAUUAAGUCUAAAUUUCUGGAAGACGGAGCCAUGCUUGUUUUUUGAGGGGAUUCUAAUUUGUAGUCAGAGUUGGAGACCACUGCUCUAAAUUAGUUUGGGGAAAUCCUUUUAUUUCUCCCAUGUUAAUGUUUAAAAUUAGUAAUGUACCCAGUUAAGUUUUAAUGGUUUAAAUUCCACUAAAGAACAUGUUCUUCUAAUAAUUAGCAUUUAUUACAUGAAAUUUAAGAGCUUAAGUUCCAUCAAACUAGCCCUUGUGUAAGAUUAUUAUUUCUUCUCUGUAACUUCAAAAUAGAUAUUUCAUUCAAACUAUUCAGGUGAGAAAAGGUAAUGGAUUUUUUUUUUUUUUUUUUUUGCCUGUUCGGAGAGAUGGAGGAGGUGGGCACAUAUAUAAGGUCAAUUCAGUAACCUAUGGUUCAGAGUUCUGAUCAUAUGUAAGUUUGGAAAAGAAAGCUUACCACAGGUUUGUAUGCUGGUGAAUGGAUAGAGUUUUAAUUCUCACUGUCUCAAAAGAGAACCAGCUCUCCAGCAGUUCUAGAAAAGCUUUGACAAUCCCCAAAGGGCAGUAUUACCUUACUCCUUCACUGCUUCUUAGAAGGUAGAAUUAAGUUUCUGGAAUUGCACCUAUAUGUUUUUUUACUAACAUUCAGAAUUGGGAAUAUUAAUUUUUGCAGUGAGUAGUUUUCUGAAAUUGGUAACUUGGAGAGUAAAAUAAUGUAUUUUGCUUUUCAAUUUUGUGUUUACUUUUAUGUAAAAAUUUUGGUAUGUGAAUUACACAGUUCUAAUAAAACCUCAUGUCUUUUCAUUACAUCUAAUUUGAACUCAACUUCAUGUUACAGAAUGCUUCUUUAAAGAUGCUUUAAUGAAAAGUAUUAAGAAAAUAUAUAGAUUUGUAUGUCAAUUUAUACUUCAGAAAUCCAUAUAUUUGUCAUAUUUAUUUUUUUAGAAACCUCCUAAUUGGAUAACUACAUGGUAUUUAAAAUGAAUGCCCAAAAAUCUCUUGUACCUUUGUCCAAAAGUUUAUCUGUUGGAAGCUGUCAGCCAUUCAUGUAGAGAGUUUAUAAGAAAAGAAUUUAAAAUUGUAUGCAUUUUAUAUUACUCUAGUAUCUGUGUACCAUAUUUCUAAAUAUUCAUUAUUAAAUUGGUACUUGUUAAAAACAUAACCUGGCUUGCCUUUUAGUGUUAAAAAAAAAUAUAAUAUUGUAUAUAAAGAGAUUUCUUCCUUUAUGAAGAAGAGCUGACAUGUAAUUUAUUUGCAGUGAUCUGAGAAAGACCUUAAAUAAGUUUCUGAGAGUGAUGCAUUUUCAAACAUGAGUGACAACAACCAAAUUAAGAAAAAGAAACAAUUCAGACUUGGAAUUUUAUAGGAAUUUCAUUUCUAUAUCAGCCUGGUAUUGCCUCUGGCAUAACUUAGAGGAAAUUUUUCUACCUAUAUGUCCUCUGUUUCUUCAUCUACAAGUUGGGAAAAACAUUAUCCUCUUAAAGUUACGAAGAGGAUUUAUAUAUUUAUAUGAUGUAUAUAUUAAUAUAUUUAAAUUGCUUAGAGUUUCUAGCACAUAGCACAUAAUAAAUACUGGUUAUUAGUAUAAACACAAGGCUUAAAGUUUUGGAUUUGAUCCAUAUGACUUAAUUUGUAUUUGUACUAGUAGCUGUAAUGUCAGUGACAGGAUAGCAAACAAACGAUUAGAAAUCUAAUAGUAAUGCUUGUUCCUUAGCUAUCUAUGCUAACAAGUACAUAGAUGAUAGCCUAAAAUUAAAUCGUACUUAAUAAAUUAAGCCAAAAUGCAUAACUGAGACACCUUAAAAUUGUACUACCUUGUGCUGUUCACUGCCAUCAGGGAGGUAGCAUAAAACGAAAGAUGAAGUCUGAAGACUGGAUCCAGGCAAAUUCGUGUUCUUUGUAACUUACUUUCUUCAUCAACAUUUCUGUGACUCAAUGGAUAGCAUAUUUCGAUCAAGUAGCACGUAUAACGUGAUGCGUUCAUGUUUCUGCCUUAAAUAAAAUAACCCUCAAAAAACCA